AUGGACCCAGCUGUGGCCUUGGUGCUCAGUGUCUCCUGCCUGCUUCUCUUUUCACUCUGGAGAUGGAGCACCACCAGGCAGAAGCUCCCUCCUGGCCCCACACCUCUUCCAAUUAUUGGAAACAUCCUGCAGAUGGAUUUGAAGGACAUAAGCAAAUCCUUGACCAAAUUCUCCAAAGCCUACGGCCCCGUGUUCACACUGUAUUUUGGCACAAAGCCCACCGUGAUAUUACAUGGAUAUGAAGCAGUGAAGGAGGCCCUGGUUGAUCUUGGAGACGAGUUUUCUGGGAGAGGCAGUUUCCCAGUGCCUGAAAGAACCAACAAAACGCUUGGAAUCGUAUUGAGUAAUGGGAAGACAUGGAAGGAUAUCCGACGCUUCUCUCUCAUGACCUUGCGCAAUUUCGGGAUGGGGAAGAGGAGCAUAGAGGACCGAGUUCAAGAGGAGGCCCGCUGCCUUGUGGAGGAGCUGAGGAAAACCAAUGCCUCUCCCUGUGAUCCUGCCUUUAUCCUGGGCUGUGCUCCCUGCAAUGUGAUCUGCUCCGUUAUUUUUCAGAAACGUUUUGAAUAUUCAGAUCAAAAAUUCAUUUAUUUUUUGAAAAUUUUGCAAGAGGCCAUCAGUAUUCUGAGCUCCCCAUGGGUCCAGAUCUGCAAUAAUUUUCCAGCUCUCAUUGACUUUUUUCCGGGGAGCCAUAAUAAAUUUAUUCAAAAUGCUACUAAUAUCCAGAAUUUCAUUUUGGAAAAAAUAAAAGAACACCAACAAUCCCUAGAUGUGAAUAAUCCUCGGGACUUUAUUGAUUGUUUCCUGAUCAAAAUGGAACAGGAAAAACAUAAUCCACAGUCUGAAUUUACUUUGGAAAGCCUGAAAAUCACUGCUGCUGAUCUGUUUUCUGCUGGGACAGAGACCACCAGCACCACCCUGAGAUACGGGCUCCUGCUCCUGAUGAAGCACCCGGAGGUCGCAGCUAAGGUUCAAGGAGAGAUUGAGCGUGUGAUUGGCCCGCACCGGAGCCCCUGCAUGCAGGACAGGAGCAGCAUGCCCUACACGGACGCUGUCAUACACGAGAUCCAGAGAUUCAUUGACCUCCUCCCCACUAACCUGCCCCAUGCAGUGACACAAGACAUUAAAUUCAGAAACUACCUUAUCCCCAAGGGCACGACCAUAAUAACAUCGCUGACAUCAGUGCUACAUGAUAACAAAGAGUUCCCCAACCCAGAGAGGUUUGACCCUGGACACUUCCUGGACAAGAAUGGCAACUUUAAGAAGAGUGACUACUUCAUGCCUUUCUCAACAGGAAAACGAAUUUGUGUGGGAGAGGGCCUGGCCCGCAUGGAGCUGUUUUUGUUUCUCACCACCAUCUUACAGAACUUCAAGCUGAAACCUCUGGUUGACCCAAAGGACAUCAAUAUCACCCCAGUAGUCAAUGGAUUUGUUUCUGUGCCACCAGAAUACCAGCUCUGCUUCAUUCCCAUCUGA